GGAGGAGGGCUCUCCGGGCGAAAGCACUGCAGGCGCCAUUAUCCUCUGUUUCUCUGCUGCACCAACGUCGACGUCUUCCCUACUUCCCGGUUAUUUGCGGCCCAUAGAUUGGUGUGUUCCUUUAAUACAAGAAAAUGGAAACUGAACAGCCAGAGGAAACCUUUCCCAACACCGAAACCAAUGGCGAAUUUGGUAAACGCCCUGCUGAAGAUAUGGAAGAGGAACAAGCUUUUAAAAGAUCUAGAAACACUGAUGAGAUGGUUGAAUUACGCAUUCUGCUUCAGAGCAAGAAUGCUGGGGCAGUGAUUGGAAAAGGAGGCAAGAAUAUUAAGGCUCUCCGUACAGACUACAAUGCCAGUGUUUCAGUCCCAGACAGCAGUGGCCCCGAGCGCAUAUUGAGUAUCAGUGCUGAUAUUGAAACAAUUGGAGAAAUUCUGAAGAAAAUCAUCCCUACCUUGGAAGAGGGCCUGCAGUUGCCAUCACCCACUGCAACCAGCCAGCUCCCGCUCGAAUCUGAUGCUGUGGAAUGCUUAAAUUACCAACACUAUAAAGGAAGUGACUUUGACUGCGAGUUGAGACUGUUGAUUCAUCAGAGUCUGGCAGGAGGAAUUAUUGGGGUCAAAGGUGCUAAAAUCAAAGAACUUCGAGAGAACACUCAGACAACAAUCAAGCUUUUCCAGGAAUGUUGUCCUCAAUCCACUGACAGAGUCGUUCUUAUUGGAGGAAAACCUGAUAGGGUUGUAGAGUGCAUAAAGAUCAUCCUUGAUCUUAUAUCAGAGUCUCCCAUUAAAGGACGUGCUCAGCCUUAUGAUCCCAACUUUUACGAUGAAACCUAUGAUUAUGGUGGUUUUACAAUGAUGUUUGAUGACCGCCGUGGACGUCCUGUGGGAUUUCCCAUGCGGGGAAGAGGUGGUUUUGACAGAAUGCCUCCUGGUCGGGGUGGGCGUCCCAUGCCUCCAUCCAGAAGAGAUUAUGAUGAUAUGAGCCCUCGUCGAGGACCUCCUCCACCUCCUCCUGGACGAGGUGGCCGGGGUGGUAGCAGAGCUCGGAAUCUUCCUCUUCCUCCACCACCACCACCUAGAGGGGGAGAUCUAAUGGCCUAUGACAGAAGAGGAAGACCUGGAGACCGUUAUGAUGGCAUGGUUGGUUUCAGUGCUGAUGAAACCUGGGACUCUGCAAUAGAUACAUGGAGCCCAUCAGAGUGGCAGAUGGCUUAUGAACCACAGGGUGGCUCUGGAUAUGAUUAUUCCUAUGCAGGGGGUCGUGGCUCAUAUGGUGAUCUUGGUGGACCUAUUAUUACUACACAAGUAACUAUUCCCAAAGAUCUGGCUGGAUCUAUUAUUGGCAAAGGUGGUCAGCGGAUUAAACAAAUCCGUCAUGAGUCAGGAGCGUCGAUCAAAAUUGAUGAGCCUUUAGAAGGGUCCGAAGACCGGAUCAUUACCAUUACAGGAACACAGGACCAGAUACAAAAUGCACAGUACUUGCUGCAGAACAGUGUGGAGCAGUAUGCAGAUGUUGAAGGAUUCUAAUGCAAGAUAUUUUUUCUUUUUCUUUUUUAUAGUGUGAAGCAGUAUUCUGGAAAGUUUUUCUAAGACUAGUGAAGAACUGAAGGAGUCCUGCAUCUUUUUUUUUUUAUCUGCUUCUGUUUAAAAAGCCAACAUUCCUCUGCUUCAUAGGUGUUCUGCAUUUGAGGUGUAGUGAAAUCUUUGCUGUUCACCAGAUGUAAUGUUUUAGUUCCUUACAAACAGGGGUGGGGGGCGGGGGAGGGUGUGCAAAAACUAACAUUGAAAUUUUGAAACAGCAGCAGAGUGAGUGAAUUUUAAUUUUUGUUCAUUGUUGGUGGUUUAAAAAAAAUCCCCCCAUGUAAUUAUUGUGAACACUUUACUUUGUGAUCACUGUAACAUUUGGGGGGGGUGGGACAGGGAGGGAAAGUAACAAUAGUCCAUAUGUCCCUGGCAUCUAUUCAGAGCAGUGUGCAGAAUGUAAUGCUCUUUUGUAAGAAACGUUUUAUGAUUUUUAAAAUAAAUUUAGUGAACCUA